AUGAAUCCCAGCUUUUUAAAGAGGGGAGAUUACAACACAGGGUACAGAAUAAAGAUGGGAGAAAAAUGGAAAAGACAACAAAAGCUGCGCAAUGUGCCACAUAUUCCUCGCAUUCGAGUCCCUCGCUCUGCCUCUGACACGCCAUUGCUGAAGGACCUAACCCAAGGGCAGCAGCGCUAUUUUUACAGUAUCAUGAGGAUUUACAGCCCCAGGCCCCAGUGGGAGGCACUGCAGACCCGCUACAUUCACAGCCUUCAGCACCAGCAGCUGCUUGGCUAUAUUACUCAGCGGGAAGCCUUGGCCUAUGUGGCUGUACUAAGAGAUUCAACCAAAAGGGCCUCAGCCAAGGCAGGUCCUCAUAGAACCGUCCCCCAGAGAGCCGCGGGCAGGACAAGAACACAGCCCUCAGCAAGACCUGUGUGUGUGAUUCCACUCAGGGCCCAAAGCACAAGGCUCCCAUCCCUCAGGUCCAAGGCUGUGCACAAGCUCUGA